ACAUUGACAACAACACAAUGUUGGUGCCCUAGUACUCGGUAGUGCGAAAUUUUAGCGAUUGGGAGUUAUCUGAUAUUUCUUUGUUGUUUUUAUUUAAUUCUGUGGUACGAUUAAUUAAUUUCGAAAACCGUCAAAUGGAAACCGACGCGCACAUGAUGUCACAGCAGUAUGCACAAGCUCCUCAACCAACACAAAUACAACACCCACCAGCUCCUCAACCAACCAGAGAAAUGCAACAAACCAGUGCACCGACAUCAGCUGAUGCCUGUUUGAGCAUAGUACACAGUUUGAUGUGUCAUCGACAGGGAUGGGAAAGUGAAGGAUUCGCCAAACGGGCCAUUGAAUCACUGGUUAAAAAGUUAAAGGAAAAAAGAGAUGAAUUAGAUAGUCUUAUUCUUGCAAUAACCACAAAUGGCUCACAUCCAAGUAAAUGUGUUACAAUUCAAAGAACAUUAGACGGACGGUUACAGGUAGCUGGACGUAAAGGUUUUCCACAUGUUAUAUAUGCAAGAAUUUGGCGAUGGCCAGAUUUACAUAAAAAUGAACUCAAACACUUAAAGUACUGUCAAUAUGCUUUUGACUUAAAAUGUGAUUCUGUAUGUGUUAAUCCAUAUCAUUAUGAACGGGUUGUAUCACCAGGCAUAGAUUUAAGUGGUCUAACGCUACAAAGUGGUACAUCUACUAAUGGUUCUGGCCGAAUAAUUGGCCUAAGAGAUGAGUAUACAGCUGGUGGGGGGGGAAUGUCUCCUUCGCCACCUGGUUCUAGUCAAGUUAGCAGUUCCAAUAUGGACAGUGAUGUAUCUGGAAAUAGUCCAGCUGUGACCGUACAACAUCACUUACCACCUUUAUACCACCAACAAAAUCCAGCCACUGAUGUAUCUCAACAAUCAACUGUCCCUCAAGCUGCUGGAGAUAUUGGUAUGUUUCGGCCUACACUACAGCAGCAACAACGUCCUAGUCAUCAAAUUGGUAUAAAUUCUCAAGUACAGGUUAAGACUGAAUCAUGUAACAAUUGGAUGCCGGGUACACCAUCACAUAUACCCCCCAAUAGACCACCGAACAUGCCAUUACAAAAUCCCAGUAUGUUCCCGGGACAAGAAGAAGAAAACUUAUUACCUAGUCAAACAAUGACACCUCAUGAUUAUCAAGGACCUACUGCCACAAUGCCUGGUACAACAACAGGUAAUCGACCAGUACAAAGCACACUUACUUAUACACAUUCAAUGCAACCACCACACCCAACAUUUUGGGGAGUGUCUGAAAUGGGAUUGAGUGGCUUAUUAUCAUCCCAGCCAGCUCCUGAAUAUUGGUGUUCAAUUGCUUACUUUGAAUUAGAUACUCAAGUUGGAGAAACAUUUAAGGUUACAUCCACUUGCCCUCAUGUCACAGUUGAUGGUUAUGUUGAUCCCUCUGGAAGUAAUAGAUUUUGUUUGGGAGCCCUUAGUAAUGUUCACAGAACAGAACAAAGUGAAAAAGCUAGGUUACAUAUUGGGAAAGGUAUUCAACUAGACCUGAUUGGAGAAGGAGAUGUUUGGUUGAAAUGUCAGAGUGAUCAUUCAGUUUUUGUACAGUCAUAUUAUUUAGAUAGAGAAGCUGGACGAGCACCAGGAGAUGCAGUCCAUAAAAUUUAUCCUCAUGCAUACAUUAAAGUUUUUGAUCUAAGACAGUGUUAUAGGCAAAUGCACCAACAAGCCGAAACCGCUCAAAAUGCAGCUGCUGCACAAGCAGCUGCAGUCGCAGGACAUUUAGCAGGACCUCAUAGUGUAGGAGGUAUUGCUCCAGCGAUAAGCUUAAGUGCUGCAGCAGGUAUUGGAGUAGAUGAUUUAAGAAGAUUGUGUAUAUUAAGAUUAAGUUUUGUAAAAGGUUGGGGUCCUGACUAUCGACGAAGUAGCAUUAAAGAGACUCCGUGCUGGAUAGAAGUUCAUUUACAUCGAGCAUUACAACUUUUGGAUGAAGUGUUACACUCAAUGCAAAUAGAUGGCCCAUCAAGAGCUUGAUUUCAACUAGAAACUCAAAAUGUUCAAACGUAGUAACUAAUAUGUUAUGUUUAAGAAAAAAUGGUUACUUGUUGUUUUGUAAAAAGAACAAUGUUGAUUUUACUAGAUUUUUCAUGUUGUGUUUAUCCAACAUAACGUGUUUUACUAAGGGCCUUGGUAAAAAUUAUUUAGUUUUUCCUGUAUACAUUUAUUUUGUUUAUUUUUUUUUACACAAAAACUGUUAAUAAUCAAACAGGUCCUAAACAUUUUUAAAUUUUAUAUAUAUUAAAGGUUACGAAAAUCAUCUACCUUAAGUGUAAAGUAACAGGUUUCCAUCAUUAUGAGUUAUUACUAUAUAUUUUUUACCUAUAACUUGAUUUUGAACCAUUGUUUUUAUUUUAUUAUUUAUUUUUUUUUCUAAAAAGCAAAUAUAAAGAUAUUUUAUACUUGCAUUUAAAUACUCCAUCCUAUGUUGCUUGUUACAUUUAUAGAAACCAAUAUUUUUUUUAUUUAUACAUUUUGACGAUUUAGAAAGUUAAACCAAUUUAAAAAGAAUCAUUUUUAGAUUUAUUAUUUGGAAAUAUUUCUUUACCCCCAAAAUAAAAUGUUUUUGCUCUUUAUAGAGCUGACAUCAUUUUAUUAUUUAACCUCAUUUCUCAACUACCUCAAACUCCUUUAUUAUACAUAUAAAUUAUAAAUACAUAGUAUAGAUGUAAAGUAUACUCCAUUCACGUUUAGAAGUGACUCAGGUGGCCGACUUCUGCACAUUGGCAUGGUAUUGUUUUGUAUUUAUAUUACUAGUGAUUGAUUAAGGAGGGAAAACAAUUAUGUGUAUGACCUAUGUGCCACAGACAAAAACUGGUCACCGCCCUGGGUCGCUUCUAAACAUGAAUGGAAUAUAGUUACUGCCAAUUGUGCCCCAUUAAUAUAGAGUAAGACUAACAGUCUAUAUUCUGUUUUUAUAUACGUAUAUAUAUAUAUAUAUAUAAAUGUACUUAUUUAUAUUUUAAAAUAUCUGUAUUUAUUAUCAUUCACAAUUAAGAAAGAAAAUUGAAACUAAUGUAUGUUAUAAGAAGUGAAUUGUUUUUUAUUUAAUAACAAGUGUUCAAACAUUUAAAUGUUAAUAUUAUUCUCUUUAUAAUUAUAAAAAACAUACUGUGUAUAGUUUAUUGUGUACUUAUUAUAAUUAUUUUAUUGUACACUUAAAAUAAUGUAAAAGUUGAAUAUUUUUAAAUUUUUUUUUUUUACUGACGGUUACCAAAACAUUUAUUUCUGCAGAAAAUUAUUUUUCAAUAUGUUAAUGUAAAAUGUUUUUAUAUUAAUGCGGAUGUCUAUUUUUAUUGUUUUUGCACUUUUUAUUUUACAAUUUUGUUAAGCUCUACAAUAGAUAAUUGAUAAUAUAUAUUAUAUAAAUAUGCAUAAAAUCUGUAUUCAAAAGUAUACUUUUUAUAUAUUAAUGUGAUAAUUGGUAUUAUUUUCAUUAACAAUCCAAUAUAUAAAAAGAAAAAUAAUGUAGUAUAGAUUAUUUAGAAUGAAGAUUCAUAAUAAAAAUAAUUUUAUAAUAUAAUAUUGUCUAUUUUAUGCAUCUCAUCAUUAUCAUUAUAUUUUUUAUUUCAUUAAUUUAGUAGUAAAUGAUACACCAAGAUAGCAAGAUACAACAUAAUAUUAAUUAUUAAUAUAUUAUCAGUUGGCUGCGAAGAGUUCUUGCCAAUAACUAAAAAAUUUCAGUUUAUCCUUCUCCUUUUUUUAUUUGUUCAAUUUUGUAGGUGAUACUAUUCCCAUACAUUAUAUUGUAAAAUAUUUGAGUAAAUAUUAUUAGUUAUACAUAUUUUAAAUAUUUUUUUUUAAUCCAUACAAUUUGUAUUUUCAAUUCAAUCAUGUAGAAAAAAAAAAUGGGAAAUGGAUGUGUGAUUUGAGUUAGAAAAUGUAACCUAUUUUUCUAUUCUAAAAUAUAAAAUAAAAAUUUUCUAGAA